AUGGAUGAUGAGAGCGCAGAGAUUGAGCUGCUGGAGCAGAACCUCAAUAAGACGCGGCAGAUAUCCCAUCGUAUGACAUCACGACUGGAGAAGUCAAUCCUGCCGUUGUACACGUCAACACAGAUUUUGAACCGCCGAGCGAACAACAUUGAGAAGGCGCUGCUGAAGAUAGACGAGGUCGCAAGUAGUCAUGAAGGCAUAGAAGCCGAGUUCUCCUUGAUCUCAAGAGGGCCUCAGCCAGGCCAGCUGAGCGUCUACACUGACGUAGUCGAGCGUUUGAAUGCUUCUAUCGCAUUCAAGCAGUCGGACCAAGAUACCUUGCAGACGGCUCACUUGGUAGAGACAGGGGCUAAGAAGCUCACCCAGCUCUACACGAAGCUCGUCGCGGAAGCCUCCGCUGGCGUCUCUCCACCGCCAGGAACAGACGUGACGGCGGACCUGUUCCCAGAGGAUAUUCUAACGUCGCUCAACCCGCUCGUCCGGUUCUUGCGCACGCUGCCGCUGCCUGCAACCCAUCCGUCGCAUCCGGCGGCGAAGACGAUCAUGUCGACGCUCAAAGAGGCGCAGAAGGGGUACGCGGAGAUGCGCGGGGCGUGGGCGAGGAAGUGCCUUGAGAGCGAAGCGAAGCGCGUCCUGGACCGCGCAGACACCAUCGAUAGCCUGAACGCUGGCAAAGAGUUCGGCUAUUGGGCACAGUCGCUGCUAAGCGUCGCCGAGGAAGAGUAUGGCUAUCUUGUAGACCUCGCGCCGCUGACAGCGCCCGCCCUUAUCGCGUCUGCCUACAACACCCUGCUGAACCCUGUUUUAGUGCUCUUCAGCACCACCGUGACGUCGCUAAUAGCCUUCAUCAAGCGCUCCCUGCACAAACACACCUUCCUCGCGCUCUCGUCCUACGAGUCCCUCGCCGCCCUCCAGACGCGCUGGGACCGGCUCCUCUCCCGGCGUGGCGCAGAGAAGCGCAAGGACUCGAACGAGCUGAAGGACGGCCUGCACGCCCUGCGCGCGGUGUGCUUACGCAGUUUCCCCGAGUUUCUGGCUGAUCUGCGGAUGGCGUCGAUGGGCAAGGGCGCGAACAUGAGCACUGGACUCGCUGACUUCACCACUUCGGUCGUGCAAUACAUGGAUCGCCUGCCUGAGGUGCAAGCGGCGGUCGGCACAGCGCUGGUGACGUUGGGCGAUGGGAAUUGGAAGAUGGGCGACGGACUGAAGGUGACUGGCGGCAAGUCCGGCGAGGGCGACGAGCAGGUCCUGCUCCAGCACUAUAUCUUCGACGUCGUGAUGACCACCGUAAAGAGCCUGACCGACCUCUCGAAAACGCACAGCCGACCCGCCCUCGGCGCUAUCUUCCUCCUCAACAACAUCUCCUACCUCCGGCAGAACAUCAUCCUCGAGCCGCGACACGAAUCCCUCCGUAACCUCCUCUCCCCGCCCACCACCAACAUGCUCGACUCGAACUUCCGCACGGCAAAGGCCGGCUACUUCGACGCGAACUUUUCCCCGCUCAUGCAGGCGCUUGCGGACGACCCGAAGGAGAAGGGCAAGACGGCCGCGAAGGAGAAGUUCACGCGCUUCUUCGAUCUGCUGGAGGAGGUGCUGGAGCGGCACAAGUAUGCGCGGGUGCUGGAGGACGAUCCGGCGGCGAGGGAGAGUAUUGGGGAGGAUGUGAUCAAGCUGGUGGUGCCGGCGCUGCAGAAAUUCACGAACAAGCAGCGCGAGAAGGAGUUUAGCAAGAACCCACAGAAGUAUAUCAAGAUGUCCCCAGACGCCGUCGAAAAGCAGCUCAAGUCGCUGUAUUUCGGCUAG